AAUACGCGUGCGCUGAGUUGUGGGCGUGACCUCAGCCGUGCCUGCCUCUUCCCGGUGUGCCUCGCGGCCGCAGGCGCUGACGUGGCCGCCGUCAGCGCCGCCAUCUUGUGGGAGCGAAACCAACGCCUGGCUCGGAGCAGCCGCCGCUGAGGUCUCUGGCCAGUGUCGCUUCCAACCACCCACAAGGAUGGGGAAUAUCUUUGCAAACCUCUUCAAGGGCCUUUUUGGCAAAAAAGAAAUGCGCAUCCUCAUGGUGGGCCUGGAUGCUGCAGGGAAGACGACGAUUCUCUACAAACUGAAGCUGGGUGAAAUUGUGACCACUAUUCCCACCAUAGGUUUUAAUGUGGAGACCGUUGAGUACAAGAAUAUCAGCUUCACUGUGUGGGACGUAGGUGGCCAAGACAAGAUCCGGCCACUAUGGCGCCACUACUUCCAGAACACCCAAGGCUUGAUCUUUGUGGUGGACAGUAAUGACAGAGAGCGUGUGAAUGAGGCCCGCGAGGAGCUCAUGAGGAUGCUGGCUGAGGAUGAGCUGCGGGACGCUGUCCUCCUGGUGUUUGCCAACAAGCAGGACCUCCCAAACGCCAUGAACGCAGCCGAAAUCACAGACAAGCUGGGGCUGCACUCGCUACGUCACAGGAACUGGUACAUUCAGGCCACCUGUGCCACCAGCGGGGACGGGCUCUAUGAAGGACUGGACUGGCUGUCCAAUCAGCUCCGGAACCAGAAGUGAACCAGAACCCCCCCACCCCCUCACUUUCUCCUCUCCGCCCUCGCUUUCCUCUCAUGUGGCAAACGUGCGACUCUGUGGUCCUGAGUGCCAGAAGCUGUCUCCAUGGGUUGGUCAGUGUGCAUCGCACCGUGCUGUACAUGUGCAGACGCAGCCUGCAGCCAGGUUUUUAUUUAAUGUAAAUAGUUUCUGUUUCCACUGAGGCAGUUUCUGGUACUCCUAUGCAAUAUUACUCAGCUUUUUUAUUGUAAAAAGAGAAUCAACUCACUGUCAGUACUGAGGAGGGAUUUAGGCAUGUGGGCACCUGGCCUCCAGGAGCUCCUGGGCUGUAGAUUGGUGUUGGGAUCCAUUUGGUGGUUGGUUUUUAACCCAAACUCAGUGCAUUUUUUAAAAUAGUUAAAAAUACAAGAUAAGGAGAACACUUGAACACACAGAAGGGAGACUAUGCCUAGUGUACAGCCUGAAUGCUAGUCCAUCGGAUCAGCUGUUCCCCUGUGGGAACACAAAGACGGUGACACAAACCGCCAUCCACUGCAUGGUCCCAGUAGAGACCCCCGUGACUCGCCUGUCUUUGGGUCACUUGCAUUCCAUAGCGUUGUGCUUGUACUUGUGCUCACACAGUCACCUGGGGGCAGGCUGGGAGAGCCAUUGCAGGGGACACGGCCCAGAUGCGCCCUUUGUUGGCGAGUGGCCAGAGCAGUAGCCCAUGUUCCCAGCACCCACUCACUCUUGCACCUGCUCAGCCCGCUGGCAGGAGGUCUGGGUCUCACCAGCAUGAGUGCGUGCAAGCUGGGAGGGUUGGUCCACUCCAGACCCACAGGUCCCGGAGCACCCCCAUCUCCAUGUGUGAAGUAGCUUCCUCCCUCAGCCUGCAAGGGUCCGAUUUGCCAUCGAAAAAGACGACCUCUACUUUUUUCUUUUGUAUUUUGAUAAACACUGAAGAAGCUGGAGCUGUUAAAUUUAUCUUGGGGAAACCUCAGAACUGGUUUAUUUGGUGUCGUGGAACCUCUUAAUGCUUUCAAUACACGAUUAGUAAUCAACUGUUUUGUAUACUUGUUUUCAGUUUUCAUUUCGACAAGCACUGUAAUUAUAGCUAUUAGAAUAAAGUCUCUUAACUAUU